AUGAUGGAAUACCAGAGACACUCGUUGAUUACCCGAAACGAUGACGACGACGACGACGACGACGACGAUGAAGAUGAUGAUAAUAAGAAGCGCGCUCUGGCAAAGGGUGCGAUUAUCGGCAUCGUUGUCGGUGUUGUCGCAUUUGUUGUCUUUGCUCUUGUUGCAGCCCUCUGUCUUUACCGUCUGAAGCUGAAAAGAAGGAAGAAGAGAAAUGAAAGAGACGAUUCUCAAGACAAUGAAAAGAGUAGCAGGAUUGCAAACAGAAGCAAGGUUGUCGAUGUCAGCCACAGUGUCGACAACCCCCCGGCUGUGGGCAACAAUAUUGAGACCUCAAGGGAUAUGGGCCAUCAAGACGAGAUCCACCACGAAAGGCCCAGAAAUGCGUACAACAAUGACCUUAUGGAUGCUCCCAGUCAAAUCGGCCCCCACAAUGAAAUAACACCCGCGGAGAACCUGGCUGCCAACGUUGACGCCAGGACCGAUACCCACGCUGGCGGGAGUCAGUACGAGAUGAACACUGCCAGAACCGUCAUCUCCGAAAAUCAGGGCCUAAAUAAUUUUAGAAACACGAUUAUCAGUGUCAGCAGUAUGGACGAUGAUGAUUACAAUCGCUACGACCACACACCUGAAAGGGACGGAUGCCGCGGAACCCCCAACAACCCCCGGAGUGCCAUUUAG